AUCGGCUUCUUGCCACCCCCACGCCCACCGAUCGCAUCGUCGCCGUCGCCCCAUCGAGCCGCUCGUCCGUCGCUCGUCUUGCUCUCUCAUCUUGCCGCCGUCUGGCCUCUUGCUGCGCGAUUACAAGUCUUGCAUCGCUGUUUGCACCCGCCCGCCCGUCCCCGGUUCCAGCGACAGCAACGUCGGGCCUCGCUUCACCUCUUCGCUUCGUUCUGGAGAUCCUUUAUCCUCAGCCAGCCAGCUGCCCGGGAUCGCCUUCUGGACCUGAAUCGCCUGGCCCUCUGGCCCUGCUGCCUCUACUGAUUGCCCAACAUGUCGUCGGGUGCCUACGAUGAUGUCCCCAUCUUCCCCUCGACGCUCUACCCGCCCUCCGAGCUCACGUUCGCUUCGGUUCUUCCGUCGGCCCACGCGGUCCUGGAGGGUCUCUGCGCAAGCCCCGAGGGAUGGGGUCCGUGGAGCGAGAGCCGUCUUCUGGACUUUACACCAUGCUUCGAGAACGCGGUUCUGUUGACUAUUCCCAACCUAUUCCUGCUUGCCUUUGGAAUUCCGAGGCUUGUUGGUCUCCUGAGCACCCCUUCUCCGUCUGUUCCGCGCGGAAGGAUUUACCAGUCCAAGAUGCUGCUUGGCUUCCUGGCUCUGUUGAUCUCGAUUUUCGACUUUGCCUUUGUGUUUGUGAGCGGUGCAUCGCAAGACGGCACUCGGAUCCUCGCCGCCUCGCUCGCUGUCGUUGCCUAUGGGUUUGCCCUUGGUCUGCACGAGGUCGAAUACUUCAAGGCGCGCAUCUCGUCCACGGUCCUGCUUCUCUUCUGGAUGAUGCUCGCGGUAGCUCUGUCACUCAAAAUCCGAACGGAUGUCCUGAUCGGUGAGGAUCCGGUUGUCGUGUACUCGGCAACAUUCAAGCUGUUUCUGGCUGUGUCCAUGUUUAUCCUGGAGAACGUACCCAAGCCGGAAAACUACUACGUCUCUCUCGACGAUGAUCCGAACGUUUCGCCGGAAGAGCAUGCCAGCAUCUUCAGCCGUAUCUCGUUUCACUGGAUGGACGCCUUGAUGAAGCUUGGAUAUCGAAAGGACCUCGACAUGGAUGAUCUCUGGAACCUGCGUCAGAUCGACAGCUCUCGCACCAACUCCGAUGCCUUCCAGCACGCCUGGUCCUCGGAGAUGGAGCGAAAAGGCCCAUCGCUGCUGCGAGUCCUGCUGCGAGUCUACGGCCCAACCUUUGCCUCGGCUGCGUUGUUCAAAUUCAUUUUCGAUAUCCUGCAGUUUGUCCAGCCUCAGUUCCUCAAAAUGAUUCUUCAAUUCGCCGGCAGCUGGGACCACCCAUCCGAAGCGAGCCCGCCCCAACCUCUGUAUCGCGGCGUUUCGAUUGCAUUGCUUAUCUUUGGUGGCGCCCUGAUUCAAACGGCUGUGCUGCAUCAAUACUUUCACAUUUGCCUUAUGACGGGCAUGAGGCUGAGAGCAGCCCUGGUCACUGCUGUCUAUCAGAAGGCCCUGAGGCUCUCCAACAAGAGCCGCCAAGGUUCCACUGUUGGUGAAAUCGUCAAUCUUAUGGCCGUGGACAGCUCGCGUCUCAUGGAUAAUUGCCAGUAUCUGCACAUCCUGUGGUCCGGUCCUUUUCAGAUCUCGCUGGCACUUUAUUUCCUCUACGACACCCUCGGUCCCUCCAUCUUUGUCGGUGUAUCGAUCAUGCUCAUCAUGAUUCCCAUCAACGCCUACCUUGCCAGCAAGAGCCGCGCACUGAAUAAGGUUCAGAUGAAGAACAAGGACAGUCGCACCAAGAUGAUGGACGAGCUUUUGAACGGCAUCAAAGUCAUCAAACUCUAUGCCUGGGAGAAAUCGUUCCUCAAAAAGAUCUACGAAGUCCGCGAGCGCGAGUUGCUGACACUCCGAAAGAUGGGCUACCUGUCGUCGGCACAGAGCUUCACCUGGUCGUGUACACCUUUUUUGGUGUCGCUGACGAGUUUCUGGAUGUACACGAUCGUGUCUGGACAAACUUUGACUUCUGAAAAAGUGUUCGUGGCUCUGUCGCUGUUCAAUCUGCUGCAGUUUCCGCUCAGCGUGUUCCCCAACGUGAUCAGUGCUACGAUCGAUGCCUCAGUGUCGUUCUACCGUCUCUAUCACUUCUUCACAAGCGAGGAGCUGGACAAAACGGCCGUUCUGCACGAGUCUAUGACCGUCGCCUCCGCAAAGCCAGACCACCGAAACCGACUCAUUGUCGACAACGGCACCUUUCGCUGGGACAGGCCAGAGAGCAGCUCCACCACCGAGACCGAGGCCAUUCUGUCUGAAAUCAACUUUUCGCUUGAUGAGGGUCAGCUGAUGGCCGUCGUUGGCCGCGUGGGAGACGGAAAGAGCUCGCUGCUCUCUGCAAUUCUCGGAGAAAUGUACAAGGACAGCGGCCUUGUGCGCGUCCGUGGCAACGUUGCAUAUGUGCCCCAGAACGCUUGGAUUAUGAACGCAACCGUACGAGACAACAUCCUCUUUGGCAACCCUUACAAUCCCCAGUUCUACAAAGAGGUUAUCGCUGCCUGUGGUUUGAAGCCCGAUCUUGAGAUUCUGACCGCCGGAGACCUGACCGAGAUUGGCGAGAGAGGCAUCAAUCUCAGCGGUGGCCAGAAACAACGCAUUUCGCUUGCCCGCGCCGUCUAUUCGCGUGCCGAUAUCUAUCUCCUGGACGAUCCGCUCUCGGCUGUGGAUGCCCACGUGGGCCGGCAUAUCUUUGACCACGUUGUUGGUCCACACGGAAUCCUCAAGGACAAGGCUCGACUCUUUGUCACGCAUGGUAUCCACUUUUUGCCCAGUGCUAAUGUCGUGAUGAUGCUAUCCAAGGGACGCAUUCUCGAAAUGGGCACCUACGCCGAGCUGAUGAACAAGCAGGGUGCCAUGUUCAAUCUCAUGAAGGAGUACGGCAAGCGGCGAGAGGAUACCAAGCACGAGCCCAAAGCCACUCUCGAAGCGAACAAAGGGCCCGAGGCCCUUGCGGCUGCACGGAAGGAAUCUGUGCCUCAGGUCCCCGUUGCCCCCGUUGCCCCCGUUGUUGUGGCCGAGAAGGCCGCCCGUCCAGCGAAUGCACAGCUAAUCUCGAAGGAGGAAAGCGCCAAGGGCUCUGUCUCGUGGGAAGUCUACAAAACCUACGCCGAGAGCUGCACCUGGACGACUUUGGGCAUGUACUUGGUUCUUGCGAUCAUCGGACAAGGCUUGAGCGUUGGGCAAAACGUGUUCCUUGCAGACUGGGCCCGGAGCAACGAUGCCAAGAGAGGGGAGGGCCAGUCCGGCAACGACGACCUUCUCUUCCGGCUGGGCAUAUACGGCGCUCUCGGCGCUCUAUUCUCGCUGACGACCGUUGGCCAGGUCAUUUUCGUCUGGGUAUACUGCGCUAUCCAUUCGGCUCGCAAGCUUCACAAGGAAAUGCUCGAAAACGUGAUUGCUCUUCCUCAGUCGUUUUUUGAUACAACGCCGCUCGGACGCAUCCUCAACCGCUUCAGCAAGGACCAGUACACGGUCGACGAGGUGCUACCACGAUCUUUCCAAGGCUAUCUCCGAACCCUGUUUGUUGUGCUUUCGGUCCUUUUGAUCAACAGCAUCGGCUCUCCGCUCUUCCUGGCCUUUGUAAUCCCUCUGGGCUUCCUCUACUUGUACUUUCAGCGCUUUUACCUCAGCACAUCGCGCGAGCUCAAGCGACUGGACUCGUCGUCCCGGUCUCCGAUCUACACCCACUUCCAAGAAACUCUUGGUGGCGUGACUUCGAUCCGCGCAUACUCACAGGAAACGCGAUUCAUCCACACCAACGAGGAUCGCCUGGACUUCAAUCAGCGGGCAUACUAUCCCAGCGUCAGCUCCAACCGCUGGCUCGCCGUUCGUCUCGAGUGCAUUGGCUCUCUGGUCGUAUUCAGCUCCGCGCUGUUCUCGGUUCUGUCGGUGCUUGUAUUUGGAACCGUCUCAGCCAGUCUUGUGGGCCUUACCCUCACCUAUGCCAUGACUGUCACCCAAACGCUGAACUGGAUGGUCAGACAAUCCUGUGAAAUUGAGUCCAAUAUCGUGUCUGUCGAGCGGAUCAAGGAGUAUAUUGAUGUUGCUCGAGAGGCGCCUUACGAGAUCCCCGAGCACCAGCCACCCGCCAGCUGGCCACGCCACGGAGCGAUCGAGUUCAAGAACUACAGCACUCGGUAUCGCCCAGGUCUUGAUCUUGUACUCAAGAACUUGAGCUUCAACGUCCGUCCCAAAGAAAAAAUCGGAAUCGUCGGACGAACCGGCGCCGGCAAGAGCUCGCUGACGCUGUCUCUGUUCCGCAUCAUCGAGGCCAGCUCGGGCACAAUCGCCAUUGACGGCAUUGACAUCUCUGCCAUUGGCCUCUUCGACCUGCGAUCGAAAAUCACCGUGAUCCCCCAGGAUCCUGUGCUGUUUUCGGGCACCAUCCGAGACAACCUCGAUCCCUUUGGCCAGUUCUCGGACGACCAAAUCUGGCGCGCGCUCGAGAGCUCGAGCCUCUCGGGUCAUGUCGCGAGCCUCGAAGCCAAGCUCAUGAGUCCAGUUCUUCCUGGCGGAGAGAACUUUAGUGUCGGACAAAGACAGCUGAUAUGUCUUGCCAGAGCUCUGCUGAGGAAGAGCAGCAUCCUCGUUCUUGAUGAAGCGACGGCUGCGAUUGACGUUGAGACAGACAACACGAUCCAGAAAACCAUUCGCGCAGAGUUUUCCAAGUGCACCAUCUUGACCAUUGCCCACCGCAUCAACACCGUCAUGGACAGCGACCGCAUCAUGGUUCUAGACCGCGGCCAGAUCGUCGAAUUCGACAGCCCCAAGACCCUUCUCCAGAACAAAAAGUCUGUAUUCUACAGCCUUGCGCGUGAAGCAGGUCAAGCACACUAGUCCGCUUUCCAACCGCCACUCGACAGAAGCUCAUUGCGAUCGCCGUUAGGCCAUGUCACCGAUACGAUUACUCUGAUAGAGCAACCAAUACACAGCUUCCAAAGGACCCAACAUUUCUGCGGCCGAUCUCAGGAGAGACAGCCGACUUGGCUGUUGGCGUUGCCC